UACUAUCAGAAGGUAAUCGUGGCCCUAGAAGGCAGGAGAACUAGCUGUGAUCACUGAAAAGCAAACUUCUGAAAACAUCAAGGAAAUUAAUUUCACAAAGCUCACAUGGCAAAACAGAACCUGUUCAGGCAGAGAAUUAAGGUAAUUAAAUGUAUGUCCUGCGGACCUGGGCUUUGCUGGAAUGCUCAAGGGUUCUGAAGAUCUUUAUCUAGCUUCCUUCUGUUGAAUUCAUUAAGAGAAGAUGGCAAAAGUCAACAUAACUAGAGACCUCAUUAAUAGGCAGAUCAAGGAGCGGGGUGCCCUGAGCUUUGAGCGGCACUACCAUGUCACUGAUCCCUUUAUCAGACGACUGGGCCUAGAAGCAGAGCUGCAGGGUCACUCAGGAUGUGUCAACUGUCUGGAGUGGAACGAGAAAGGAGACUUGCUGGCCUCUGGUUCCGAUGACCAGCACACGAUUGUGUGGGACCCGCUGCACCACAAGAAGCUGCUCUCCAUGCAUACGGGACACACUGCAAAUAUCUUCUCUGUCAAGUUCCUGCCUCACGCUGGGGACCGCAUCUUGAUCACGGGGGCAGCCGACUCCAAGGUGCAUGUCCAUGACCUGACAGUAAAGGAGACGAUCCACAUGUUUGGAGACCACACAAACCGGGUGAAGCGCAUCGCCACGGCUCCCAUGUGGCCCAACACAUUCUGGAGUGCUGCUGAGGACGGGCUUAUCCGACAGUAUGACCUUCGGGAGAACAGCAAACACUCGGAAGUGCUGAUUGACCUGACAGAGUACUGUGGCCAGCUGGUGGAGGCCAAGUGCCUCACUGUCAACCCCCAGGACAACAACUGUCUGGCGGUCGGGGCCAGUGGGCCCUUCGUGAGGCUCUACGAUAUUCGCAUGAUCCAUAACCACAGAAAGAGCAUGAAGCAGAGCCCUUCUGCAGGUGUGCACACUUUCUGUGACCGGCAGAAGCCCCUUCCGGAUGGUGCAGCCCAGUAUUACGUAGCAGGUCAUCUGCCAGUGAAGCUGCCUGACUACAACAACCGUCUGAGAGUGCUGGUUGCCACCUAUGUGACCUUCAGCCCCAGUGGCACAGAGCUGCUGGUCAACAUGGGAGGGGAGCAGGUCUAUUUGUUUGACCUGACUUAUAAGCAGCGGCCAUACACGUUCCUCUUGCCUAGAAAAUGCCACUCCUCAGGGGAAGUUCAGAAUGGCAAGAUGUCCACCAAUGGUGUGUCCAACGGCGUGUCCAAUGGCCUGCACCUUCACAGCAAUGGCUUCCGGCUGCCAGAGAGUAGGGGACAUGUGAGUCCCCAGGUAGAGCUGCCCCCAUACCUGGAGCGUGUGAAACAGCAAGCCAAUGAGGCUUUCGCCUGCCAGCAGUGGACCCAGGCCAUUCAGCUUUACAGCAAGGCUGUGCAGAGGGCCCCUCACAAUGCCAUGCUCUACGGGAACCGAGCUGCUGCCUACAUGAAGCGCAAGUGGGAUGGUGACCACUACGAUGCUCUGAGAGACUGCCUCAAGGCCAUCUCUCUAAACCCAUGCCAUCUGAAGGCACACUUCCGCCUGGCCCGCUGCCUCUUUGAGCUCAAGUACGUGGCUGAGGCCCUGGAGUGCCUGGACGACUUCAAAGGAAAGUUCCCGGAGCAGGCCCACAGCAGCGCUUGUGACGCCUUGGGCCGUGACAUUACGGCUGCCCUCUUCUCCAAAAACGACGGUGAGGAGAAGAAGGGAGCUGGUGGUGGCGGUGGCCCAGUCCGCCUCCGCAGCUCGAGCCGCAAGGACUCCAUCUCAGAAGAUGAGAUGGUGCUGCGGGAACGAAGCUACGACUACCAGUUCCGCUAUUGUGGCCACUGCAACACCACCACGGAUAUCAAGGAGGCCAAUUUCUUUGGCAGCAACGCUCAGUACAUCGUCAGUGGCUCUGACGAUGGCUCCUUCUUCAUCUGGGAAAAGGAGACCACCAACCUAGUCCGCGUGCUCCAGGGGGACGAGUCCAUUGUCAACUGCCUACAGCCGCACCCCAGCUACUGCUUUCUGGCCACCAGCGGCAUCGACCCUGUUGUACGGCUGUGGAAUCCCCGGCCAGAGAGUGAAGACCUCACAGGCCGAGUUGUGGAGGACAUGGAGGGCGCUUCCCAGGCCAACCAGCGGCGCAUGAACGCAGACCCGUUGGAAGUGAUGCUGCUCAACAUGGGCUACCGGAUCACAGGCCUGAGCAGUGGGGGUGCUGGGGCCUCUGACGAUGAGGACAGCUCAGAGGGCCAGGUGCAGUGCCGGCCCAGCUAGAUCUCCUGGCCUGGUCCCCAGCCCCUGCGGCUGGCUGGACCCUCCGCCCGGGGCAGAAGAGCAGGAGGCUCUGUUUUGGCUUGUCUUCCCCCCACCCCAUUUUUUCAUUUCCCCCGUUUUGUUUGUUAGUUUGGCAUUGGGGGUGGGGAUUGCUACAGUUUGCUGGCUUUCAGACUUUGGGGCAGAUUGCCCUUGACUGACCCCAGCCCUGAGCAAAAGAGCAGGAGGGGAAGCCCCUCCCUUUGCCCCCCACCUCCCCUCCCAGCUCCCUGGAGGACUCUGGCCUGCCUCAGGUGUGGAGGCCAGGCUGAAGCUGUCUUCAAGGGCUGCCCUACCCUUCGGUUGGCAGCAGGAAGGGGAUUGGAAUUCCCAGUCCAUAAGGGCUAGCCUUGACCUGUUGCCACUCUUGCUCCCUGACUGGCAAGGCUAGCUCCCUCCUCCGUGGUCUUCAGGGAAGGCUCUGAAAAAGGACAGGGUCCCACUCUCCCUCCAGAGCCACUGUGUCAGGGUGGAAGCAGAAGGAAGGAUGGGAGCCCUGGACCGGGUGCGGGCAAGGCCAGGCCACUGUGCCUGCUCUCACUGGCCACCUCUGGGUACUCAGCCUUUCCUGGAGGACCCUGGCGGGGGAGGGGAGGCCACACUGUACCCUGCCCGCCCUUCCACACUAGGCUCCUCUCCUCUCUCAGGCGCUCCUGGCCUCACUGUGACCUUUCUGCCAGAGCUCCCAGCCAGGCCUGCUCUUGCUGAGGCGGGCUCCCUGCUAAGGGCCCUUCUUGCCCUUGCUCCCCUUCCUCUCACCCACAUGCAGAGCCGCCA